AGUUGAGCGGCAGAGUAGCCUAUAUUACUACACGUGCGUUUUGUUUAAUUUAUUGUUGGGAAAGUUUUAUGAAGAAACUCCGGGAUUACUCACAGCACUCGUCUAAGUUGUACUGGAUAUAAGAGAGCAUCUAUAAACACUACCCUGCGAAACAUUUAUCCUUUUUUUCCAUUGCUGUUGGAAAAGUGGAGCAUAGAAGGCCUGACUUGGUUACCCAUGGCUGGAUUAUGAGUUCUGCAGGUUCAAGGAAGGUGGAGACCCCCACAGGCCUGAACUAGCCUCCACUCUCUUUUACAUUAUGGCCUCAGCCCAACCGUGCUGGAAUCAACACCAUGACCACGACACCAUGGAUAAGCUGUUUUUUGGAUUUGGUUCGGAGUCCAUGGACCACAGCUUGAGAAUGUAUCAGCAAACCUCUGCAAACGUGGACUUUGAAAGAAAGACGUCUGGCUCCUGUUCUCCAUGUCUAUCUCCCAAGACUCCCAAUCCUACACAGCUGCUGUUUUCCUCUCAGUGCCACCCACCUGCAGGAGACCAGGUGGUUCCGUCCUUACAGAAACUGUCUGUUUACGAACACAUACCCCCUUGUUCGCCCAGGAGAAGAACUAAGCCCCUCCCACCCCUCCCGGACAUAGGCGACCUCUCCUCUGAUGAAGCAGAAGACGAUGAGGUGGAGUUUUUCACCAGCACCUCUGAGAGCCAAUGUCUGGUGCCUAAAACCCCGUCCUUCCAGUACGGCUUGCCGGGGAGGCGCAGUUUUCGGGGAAACGGUCAGAUAAAUUUUGCGUAUCACGAAGGACCUCAAUGGGAGCACACAAUUACACAGAGCCAAGACAGACCCCAGCGCCGGCUGCAUCGCUCCCAUUCUGGCCCUGCCGGAUCCUUCAAAGCUGCCAACUUCAGACCGACCGGCCUUUACUGUUCUCCCCACAGCCACCCACAGGAGAAACCCGAAGUCCCGCCUCGCGUCCCAAUCCGUCCUCGCUUCAGUGAAAACAUGGACAGCAGGCGGCCAUCAACCGAUGACUUUGAUGCAGACAACCCCCCUAAAGUGCCGCCAAGGGAGCCCAUUCCUCGGGUCAUACCGCGUGCCAUUAGUCCAAAAAGUCUCCCGAUUUACGUCAAUGGGGUAAUGCCUCCUACUCAGAGCUUUGCUCCCUAUCCGGAGUAUGUCAGUAAGGCUCAACUCAAGCAGAGCUGUGAGGGCUUGCCAGCUCCCCGGAGCCCCUGUAUUCUGCCCAUCAUGGAAGAUGGGAAGAAAGUCAGCAGUACCCAUUACUUCCUCCUCCCUCAUCGGCCCGGGUACUUGGACAAGUUUGAGAGGUUUUUCAAAGAAUCAGACUCAUAGUGAUUAUUAGUGACUGAGUUGUUUGCUUGUUUAAAGUGGAAAUAAGAAAGACUGGAUAUAAACUGAUAUGUUGUUUGACUGAACUGAUUCUUCAGUGUUACGAAAUACUGGUCUGUUUAAGGAUUGGAUAAGUAUGCAUUUGGACUACACACAAAGAAAAACAAAAAUAAUUGGUUUACCCUUGCUGCAAACUACAGAACAGCUCUGAAAGUGUCCUUUGUUGGAAGGGAUGCACGAUUAAUCAAAAUGAAACCGAAGUUGGGUUUUGACUUGAACAAAGAUUUUACAGUCUCCUUGUGGUUUUCUGCCAAAAUAAAAUCUAUGGUAGAUGGUUUAAAGAGGUCAUAU